AUGUCGACCCUCUCCGAACCCCGUCGUCCCCGUCUUCUCCCGCAGAACCGCAAGCUUCGUCACCUUCGCGGCAUCUGGCUUCGCAAUUUGUCCUUCGCGCCCACGAGUCUCAGAACAGCAGAUGACGCCGAUCUAGCUACGAGCAAGCUACAAGUGGUCAAAGAAUCGAGUCAAUUGCAUCCGUCGCGGUCGUCAGAGAGCUUGAGGAAGGGCAAUGCUAGGCCGGAUGCGCUCAGGCCGGUGCAGAAGCGUAGGACGAGUUUGAGCUUGGCGCAUGCCAAUCUCGUGGCGCGGCAGAAGAAUUUGGAGACGCUAUAUGAGGAGGCUGUGGGGGAUGUGUUUUACUCGCUGCAUGUGGACGCGGAUGCUGAGCCUGUCUACAUCAGCGAGGUGCGAGAGCGAGCUACGAGCUUCAACUUCAGAUUCUUCAGUCUCGAAAAUUGUGCGUCGGCCAUUUCACGAUGCAAUUCCAUGAUCCUACGAAUCUGGGCGCGCCGACCGAAAGCCGAAUCAUGGACCUUUCUCCUCGAAGAAACAAUCGACCUGUGCCGUCUCAACUUCAUCGGCACCCUAAUGGACCGAAACUUCCCGCCCAACGCAUUGAUAUUCCACCUCGAAGACGGCGUAUACUCGUUCGACUUUCCCAACAAGAUAUCCGAGCCGAAGCAAGCGCCGCAAGUAGCCACAUCGUCAUACAAUGCGCUCAUGAAGCUAGCCAACCUCGAGAGUUCGAUCGAAGACGCGAUAGAGACACAGCAGAGAUUAAUGGAAGAGAUAAACCGUAUACUAGACGAAAGCCCACCUGAUAAUUCGCAAAUGGCGAGGGAAGUUGUCGUGAUGGCCGAUAAAUAUGUUACAGCGCAAAGACGGUUGAAUAAACAGGCGCAAAAGAAGCGCGAUGAUUUGCAGGAGUCUAUACGGAGUCGGCGCGAAGCGAUUGUCAAGGGGAGAGAGCUUCAGAAUGAAGCGGAGAAGGACAUGGAGAGCAGUCGAGAGAAGUUGACCGCUUCGGAGGAGCUUCUUGAGCAGACGCAGCAGCAGAUUCGGGGGCAACGAAGACGUAUUUGCGCCGACCUUUCGGACAUAUUUCCGAUCACCCCGAUUCCUAAUGCGCCGCCGCUUUCGUUCCAGAUAUGCAACAUACCACUAUCGAACUCGAUAUACGAUGCGGCUACUGCGAGAAAUAUCUCCGAAGACCUCUUGUCCGCUGGUCUAGGGAUUGUCGCUCUGCUUACGAAGCACCUGCAGUUCUAUCUCGCGCAUCCAUUACCAUACCCUCUUGAUUGGUUCGGCUCCAGAUCAUAUGCGCGCGAUGACAUCUCCCAAUUAUCCGACCGGACAGUCUCGCGUCGAGAAUUCCCACUCUAUCUCCCAAGAGGUGGCUCAACAGCAGGUCAAUGGCGCUUCGAAUACGCAUGGUUUCUCCUCAACAAAGACAUUGAGGCUCUCUGCUCAUCGCAAGGUCUCCGCGUCGUCGACAUCCGGCACACCCUCCCGAACCUCAAAUACUUGCUCUACGUCUGCAGCGCCGGCAGCGACCAAGUACCAGAGCGCAAAAAGGGGGGUGUUCGCGGGUUGUGGGCCGGAAGGAUGAAAGGACGCAUGUCCACCAUGUCGGCGCAGUUCGACGGCGAUUCGGGUAGUGUUACAGAGAGCCGGAGGGGCAGCACGGAUAGUGAGGUCAAUCAGAACGGCGAUGUGUUACGGGAUGCGAUUAUCAAGAGUAAUGGACUUAAUAAAGAUGAGGGGCGUGAGAGUUUGGAUGAUGGGAUUUCGUUACCUUUUGGGGAGGGAGAUGCCAAGUUCACGCUGAGGACGAAGGGUCUGAGGGAGAGGCGAUGA